AUGGCAGCCACGACCGUCCCGACGCAAGACAACAUUCUCAUCCCUGAGACGCUGCUGAAAAAGCGCAAGUCGCAGGAGAGGGCUCGUGAGGAGCGCGCAAUUGCGACACGGGAGAAGCGAGACAAGAGUAAGAAGAAGCGCGAGGUGAUCUUCCAGCGUGCUGAGAAGUACGUCAAGGAGUACCGCGAUGCCGACCGUGAGAAGAUACGUCUGAAGCGCGAAGCCAAGAAGCAAAACGAGCUCUACGUCCCCGAAGAGAACAAGCUCGCCUUUGUCGUUCGCAUUAAGGGUAUCAAUAAGAUCGACCCCAAGAAGCGCAAGACUUUGCAGCUCCUCCGCCUCCUGCAGAUCAACAAUGGUGUCUUCAUCAAGCUCACCAAGGCUACCUUGGAAAUGCUGAAGAUUGUUGAGCCAUUUGUUGCAUAUGGCUACCCCAACCAGAAGUCUGUCCGCGAACUCAUCUACAAGCGUGGAUACGGCAAGGUCGAUAAGCAGCGUCUACCGCUGACAGACAACGAGAUCAUCGAGGUGAACUUGGGAAAGUACGGCAUGAUCUGCAUGGAAGACCUCAUCCAUGAGAUCUACACUGUCGGCCCCAACUUCAAGCAGGCUUCGAACUUCUUGUGGCCCUUCAAGCUGAACAGCCCCAACGGCGGCUUCCAGAAGAGGAAGUUCAAGCACUUCGUUGAGGGUGGCGACCUGGGCAACCGGGAAGAUCACAUCAACGAGCUGAUCAGGCAGAUGAAUUAG